GGGCGGAGCCGCACCCGCCAGGAGAGUGGUGAAGGCCACCUCGGCGCGCGGGCGCUCAGUCGCAGGAGGCGCUCCUUGGCGGUGCCUGGAGCCCGGGCGCACCCCACCGCUCCCGGGACCUGUUGGGGGCUGGCCCGAACCGUCGUCGAAGGGAGCCGCUCGGCCACCCCCGACGUUCCUCGCCCCGCCCGACGUUCCCUCAAGUGGCCAAACCAGCCGGACGAGCCAAACUCGCCGGGCCUCCGGGCAGCAGCAGGUGGCCCCGUCCUUCCAGGGAGGGCCCUGCGCCCCGUGGCGUUCCGGAGCCCUCUCGGCCGCCCCCGCCAGGCGGGAUGGAGGCGGAUGGGGACGGAGAGGAGCUGGCCCGGCUGCGCUCAGUCUUCGCCGCCUGCGACGCGAACCGCUCGGGGCGCCUGGAGCGCGAGGAGUUCCGGGCACUGUGCGCGGAGCUGCGGGUGCGGCCGGCCGACGCCGAGGCAGUAUUCCAGCGGCUGGACGCCGACCGUGACGGCGCCAUCACCUUCCAGGAGUUCGCGCGUGGCUUCCUCGGGGCCCUCCGCGGGGGGCGGCGCCGGGACUGGGGUCCGCUGGAUCCCGCGCCCGCCGUGUCUAAGGCGGGGCCGGAGACACACGACAGCGAGGAGGACGAAGGCGACGAGGACGCGGCGGCGGCGCUGGCAACCUCGUGGGGCCCGGCGAGUCCUGGCCGGGCUUGGCAGGAUUUCCAGGCGCGACUUGGGGACGAAGCCAAGUUCAUUCCCAGAGAAGAGCAAGUUAGUACCUUGUACCAAAACAUCAACCUUUUGGAGCCAAGAUUAAUUCAGCCAUAUGAACAUGUUAUAAAGAACUUCAUCCGUGAGAUCAGACUUCAAAGCACAGAAAUGGAAAAUUUGGCCAUUGCGGUGAAGAGAGCCCAGGACAAGGCAGCUAUGCAGUUGAGUGAGUUGGAAGAGGAAAUGGAUCAGAGGAUUCAGGCUGCAGAACAUAAGACACGGAAAGACGAAAAACGCAAAGCUGAGGAAGCCCUCAGUGACCUCAGACGUCAGUAUGAAACUGAAGUAGGAGAUCUGCAGGUGACCAUUAAAAAGUUAAGAAAGCUCGAAGAACAAUCAAAACGCGUAAGUCAAAAGGAAGAUGUGGCUGCCUUGAAAAAACAAAUUUAUGAUUUAUCAAUGGAAAACCAGAAAGUUAAGAAAGACCUUUUAGAAGCACAGACAAACAUAGCCUUUCUUCAGAGUGAGUUAGAUGCUUUGAAAAGUGAUUAUGCUGAUCAGAGUCUGAAUACUGAAAGGGAUCUGGAAAUAAUCCGAGAAUACACAGAAGAUCGAAAUAGUCUUGAGAGGCAAAUUGAAAUACUCCAAACAGCUAACCGGAAGCUACAUGACAGUAAUGAUGGCCUUCGAAGUGCCCUUGAAAACAGUUAUAGCAAGUUCAACAGAUCUUUGCAUAUAAAUAAUAUCUCACCAGGGAAUACAAUUUCUAGAAGCAGUCCCAAAUUCCUUGGUCAUUCCCCUCAACCUCUAGGCUAUGACAGGUCAUCCCGCUCUUCCUAUGUGGAUGAGGACUGUGACUCCCUGGCCCUCUGUGAUCCUCUGCAGAGGACAAAUUGUGAAGUUGACAGCCUGCCUGAAAGCUGCUUCGACAGCGGCUUGUCUACCUUGAGAGAUCCCAAUGAGUAUGACUCAGAAGUGGAAUACAAGCACCAGAGGGGAUUUCAGAGGUCACACGGGGUGCAGGAGAGCUUUGGAGGUGAUGCUUCAGACACAGAUGUUCCUGACAUAAGGGAUGAAGAGACAUUUGGUUUAGAAGAUGUGGCUUCCGUCUUAGACUGGAAGCCCCAAGGGUCUGUUAGUGAAGGCAGCAUUGUUAGUUCAUCAAGAAAGCCCAUCUCAGCACUCUCGCCCCAGACAGACCUGGUAGAUGACAACGCUAAAUCUUUUAGCUCACAGAAGGCUUACAAGAUUGUACUUGCUGGGGAUGCUGCAGUGGGGAAGUCUAGUUUCCUCAUGAGACUUUGCAAGAAUGAAUUUCGAGAAAAUAUAAGCGCCACCCUGGGAGUUGAUUUCCAAAUGAAAACCCUCAUUGUGGAUGGAGAACGAACAGUUCUGCAGCUCUGGGAUACAGCUGGUCAGGAGAGAUUCAGAAGUAUUGCCAAGUCUUACUUCAGAAAGGCAGAUGGUGUUUUGCUGCUGUAUGAUGUUACAUGUGAGAAAAGCUUUCUUAACAUACGAGAAUGGGUAGAUAUGAUUGAGGAUGCAGCCCAUGAGACUGUUCCCAUCAUGCUGGUAGGAAACAAGGCUGACAUUCGUGACACUGCUGCUACAGAGGGACAAAAAUGUGUCCCAGGGCACUUUGGAGAGAAACUGGCCAUGACGUAUGGGGCAUUAUUCUGUGAAACAAGUGCCAAAGAUGGUUCUAACAUAGUGGAAGCUGUUCUGCACCUUGCUCGAGAAGUGAAAAAGAGAACUGACAAGGAUGACAGCAGAUCCAUUACCAAUCUAACCAGGACCAAUUCCAAAAAGUCACCACAGAUGAAGAAUUGUUGCAAUGGCUAAAUCCCAAACAUCCUUGGCCUGUGAAGUCUUCAUUUCCAGAAUACUGAAUUUGUGUGACUUAUUUGGCUCUUAACAGAGUGGCACAUCCUACUGACACUGUCCUAUGGAGAGUUACAGUGCAGGAAACCUGAACCCUGCUCUCAGGUCCCUCUGGAACUUUGGCUCUUCUUUGUUUUGUCUCAGUGAGUGAUUUGGGCCCUCUGGCUAAAUAGACUAGUCAUGUCCUUACAGGUCUUAAAAGAUAACAUGUAAAUGUUUUUAAAAUGGUAAAAAAAAAAAAAAAAAAAAGAAAAGAAA